CGUGUCACGUAGACGUCUGGCUAUGACGGACUGCUUACUAGUAGUAUAGUGUCCGACGAGGACAACAAGACUGACUUGAAAAUUUGCUCGAGCAAUGGAAGAAGAUGGGAAGAAAGACUCGGAUGGUUGUUACAAUAUAUUCAGGCAUCACAUUCCCCUCUCCGCCCCCUUUAUUUUCCCACUCCCUAAAUCCAACAUGAUGCAGAAGAUUCGGGGGAACCCCAGAUCAAGAAGAUACAAUAGUACGAACUCACAAUUAGAUCAAUCAAGCAAAAACAUAAUAAUUCUUUACUCAUACUCUCUCAAAACAACUGCGCUUUGCACUUUUGGGGUUGGAGGCCAUUAUGAAACAUCCCGGAGAAAGACAUCAACGUCGCUGCUGCUGCUGUGAUUGAGAAGAACGCGGGGUAUAAAAUCUAAAGGUCAGAGG